AUGAUCAAAUUAACCCAAUUCAAACGAUCAAGAAUAGUGCUAGUGUUAGCCCUUAUUAUAAUAAAUGCUUCCUUAAUCACAUAUCUACGAUCUUACCGUAAUGUGGAAGAAAUCAAUAUCAAUCCCACCCCAUAUCGAAUAAGGAAAUUACCUGGAGUACUUUCAAAAGAACAAUUAAGUAUAUUUGAUAAAAGUCAAAGUAAAUUUAAUAAAUUUAAUAAGAAAAUAGAGAAGAUAUAUCAUAAGAAACAAACUGAUGAAAAGAAGAAGAAGAAGAAAUAUGAUGAUAGACAUUAUGAUGUGGUGAUUAAUGAAAUUGAUAAAUUCAAAAAAUAUAAUUAUUUUGAUCCCAAAUUCACUUUCAGUGUGAUACUACAAUAUAUCAAUGAUAAUAUAACCAAUCACCAUACUCUUACGAAACAAGUUGAUUUUCCUUAUUUUAAUUGGAAUGAUUAUGUUGAUUUAUCAAGUUUGAAUCAAUAUCGAUAUUCUCCAAAUAAAUUAGCUUGUCUUGAAUUUGAUCAAAGUUCAAAUGAUAAACUUAAAGAUAUUAAUCUGUUCAUUAAGAAAAAUCAUCGAUAUUGUGUGGAGGAUAAUGAUAUUGGUAAAGCGAUUCUUGAAUAUGGUGUAUCUGAUGAAUUGAAACAAAAAUUAAUACAUGUCCAAGCUCAAGAUCGAUUAUCUACUGGAUUCCAUAUGUAUAGACCUCCUGGUCGACAAUCAUUAUUUGGUCGGAGUAUUAUUGGUAAGAGUUAUGUUCAAGAUUUUAUGAAUCCUCCUUCAAGUUUAUCAUUAUUAUUGCCGGGAGAUGAUUUUUUAAAAGUUACUAUUAAUACGAAUGAUAAAUUCAAAAGGACAAGAUUAGUAGAGAGUAAAUUAUUUGAAGAUUUGAUGAAGAGGAAUAAGAAGAAAAAGAAGGGGAAAUAUGAACUGAAAUUUAAUUUAAAAUUGGAAUUAAAUCGAUUACUUAAAACAUUAUCUAAAGUGAAAAAAUCCAAAAAGAAACUGAAACAACAACAGAAACAAAAUCAUCAACUUUCAUUACCUUAUCAAAUUGAAUUACCCGUAACUGAUUUCAUCAAUAAUCUCGAUGAUCUACCGUCAUCUUUACAAUUAACCAAAGAAUUCCAAACCUCCUUAAAUGUAUCAUUUAAAACCACCAAACAAUGGCGACAUUUUGAAGAAGCUUAUAUUUCAGAAUCAGAACAUAAUCACGCUAAGGGAGGACAUAUGGAUUGGAGAUUUUUUAAUCAGGAAUUACUUGAUGAUACUGAAACUCGAAAAAUUGUUAAAUAUAAUCUUGUCAAAGCCUGGUUUAAAUUCAUUAAUCGGAAUGGAUUUAAAAGUUGGUUAGCCCAUGGGACUUUAUUAAGUUGGCAUUUCAAUGGUCGAACGUUUCCAUGGGAUUUGGAUAUUGAUGUGCAAAUGUCCUUACAAGAAUUCGUCCAAUUAACCAAUCAAUUCAAUCAAACCAUUAUUGUUGAUUUCGGAAAUAAUGUCAAGGAUUCACCAAUUAGGUAUGGAAGAUAUUUACUUGAUUGUGGGACAUUUAUAACUCAUCGACAUAAGGAAAACGGAGCCAAUAAUAUUGAUGCUCGAUUGAUUGAUCUUGAUACGGGGUUAUAUAUCGAUAUAACAGCUUUAAGUGCUACUGAACAAAGUGCAAGUGAAGUCCAUUGUCGAAAUGAACAUCAUUACAAUCUUACCGAUUUGAAUCCCUUAAAAUUAAGUUUAUUCGAAGGUGAAUUUACCUAUAUUCCUUAUAACUAUAGUAAGAUCCUUAUGGAAGAGUAUAAAUCUGAUUGUUUGACGAAAUUACAAUUCCGAGGUCAUAAAUUGUUUCAUAAUUUAUGGGUGGAAGAAUAUGAUUAUAAUGAUGAGAAAUUGAUUGAUAUUAAUGUGGAAGAAUAUUAUAAAUCAAUCAAUUUAAUUCAAUAUCAUCUUUAUGAAACUUUCUAUCCUAAUAGUGAUAAAUUCCAUUAUUUUGGUAACCUUGAUAAAUCCAUCACGAUGGAAUAUUUAUAUGAUGAUUAUUAUAAUUAUAAACCCGAGUUGGAUAUUAAUGAGGAAUUGAUUCGAAUUGAACAAGAGGUUGCAUCAACCAUAUCGAAAGAAGUUAAACGGAUUCAAUUAUUAAUGAAUAUUAGAGAAGGUCGACGAAAACUGGAGAAAACUUGA